CUUUACCACCACGUUCAACAUCAACACGCUUGCUGGAGUUCAACACUCUUCGCAUAUCUGGAGAAUUCGUAUCAACCAAGCUUCUGGUUGUUUCAUUCGAAUCCGAGGCGACACAAGGCCAGCAGACGGGCUCGCGCUAGAAGUCCCCACGGUCCAUACCAUUCUGGCAUAGCAUAUAGGCACACCUGCAUAGCGCCCGACACGCACGCGCCUUAGCCGUCGUUAAAUAUCUGCCUACGAGCCCCUCCUCUAUUUUUCACAAACACGUUGCGUCUCGAUUGCGCCCACGAUGACUGAUGUUGGCGUUGGCUCGAAAGCCGACAGUAGCCAGCUACGAGAGCGCCCAUCCGCCAAACCAUUGCAUCUCAACAAGUCAGACGAUGCAAAACAAAAGGUGCUGGAGCUGAAUGAACAAGAAGACAGAGACCACAAAGAUGACAAGGACAAGGACAAACGUACAUAUGGCAGAACCCCGGAUGGUACAGUCUUCAUCGUGCCGCAGACCCACGAUAUGGUCUCGCAACUGCUUUCGCCUUCGCAACCCAAGAACUUAUCCGACAUAGCAGUCCUCGCCGUGCUCGCUGGCUUGAUAUUUACCCUCUACAUACUGCCCAAAAGCGCCCGCAUACCCGUAUUCGCAGUCAUCUUUCUAUUUUGGCGCGCCGCCUAUAACGCAGGUAUCGGCUGGCUGCUCGAUGCCCAGUCCAAACACAACCGUCUUGUGCUCUGGGCAAAGAACUCGCACAUCUUCGAGAAGCCAGAAUCUGGCAAGAACCCACAUCCGGCCAUAUAUAAGCUCCUCGAGCGAGAAAUGGAGACAAAGAUCCCUACGGACUACAAGUUCGAAGAAGCUCCACUCGAGUACAACACGUGGCUCGUCUUCAGGCGCGUGGUAGACCUGAUCCUGAUGUGUGACUUUGUAUCGUACUGCUUGUUCGCCAUUGCCUGCUUCAACCGUCCCCCAGAGAGUUGGUUGCUGUGGGCACUGAGGUGGACGACCGGUAUCAUUCUUUUCCUCUUCAACUUGUGGGUCAAACUAGAUGCACACCGAGUAGUCAAGGACUAUGCGUGGUACUGGGGAGACUUCUUCUACCUCAUCGAUCAACGCCUUACCUUUGAUGGCGUCUUUGAGAUGGCGCCGCAUCCCAUGUAUUCAGUAGGAUAUGCCGGCUACUAUGGCAUUGCCUUGAUGAUGGCGAGCUACAAGGUCUUGUUUAUAUCCAUCAUCGCCCAUGCAGCACAAUUUGCCUUCCUUACUCUCGUGGAAAAUCCCCAUAUCUCAAAAAUCUAUAACCCACCACCACCUCGCCGAACGCGCCAAAAUUCCGAAGGCCUCACCCAAGAGGACCGCCCAGAUACCGGUCAAUCUGAUACUGCUUUUGCCGAUACGCGAUCAACAUACGACUCAAUUGUACAACCUGCCCCAAUGCACCAUAUUGUAGGACCCCAAAACACGGACUUUCAUCGCUCAAUCGAUGUAACGGUAGUUCUUCUAUCCUUCUAUAUGUUCUGCUUGGCGACACUGACCCCCAACACUUGGUUGGUGCGAACCUUGCUGUUUAUCAACGCGUUCGUGUGGCGACUUUGGUAUGCAUUAGGUCUUGGUUAUAUUCUAGAUCGGCAGUCAAAAAAGAAGAACUGGACUCGUCAUUUCAUCAAGUACGGAGACAGCAAGGAAGAAGCCUGGCGUCAAUGGAAGUAUCUAUACCAUUUGAGCACGACCAUGUGCCACGCUAGUCUCGUGGCGGCGGCUUAUAAGAUGUACGCCCUCCCCCCGGACUGGUUCUACGGACUCACCCUUUUGAGGCACGUCCUUGGCGUUGGUAUGAUUGCGUUACAACUUUGGAUCGCAAGCAGUAUCUACGAGUCCCUUGGCGAAUUUGGGUGGUUCUGUGGGGACUUCUUCUUCGAUCCUCCGUCGAGGAAUCUCACGUACUCGGGCAUCUACCGCUUUUUGAACAACCCCGAGCGCGUGCUCGGUCUGGCUGGAGUCUGGGGUAUGGCUCUCAUCACCUGGAAUGCACCGAUAUUCUACUUGGCAGCGACAGCACACAUCCUCAACCUGGUCUUCCUUCAGUUCGUAGAGAAGCCGCAUAUGAUUCAGCUUUAUGGCCAGAGACUCCGCGAGCUGUCCGGUGUGAGUAAGACACUACGUCAAGCGCUACCCAGCCCAGUCCGCAACUGGCAAUCAGCAGCCGAUGACUACCUCAAUUCGACUGUUGAGUUUAUUGAAGAGCUUCUGGACAACGCAAAACCAAAAUUGGCUGCCGGUGUGGACACGUUUGUAAAGGACACGACAGCUUUGUUCAAGUCAUACCCAACACGCAUCUCCAUCACGCGUCUUCCCCAAGAUCUUGCUGGUCUUGAUCCCAAACAAUACAAACUAAGCAUCGAGGGCACCCUCUCUCCACCAACAGUGGAGUAUCAGAAGAGCGGCGGUCGCGAGGGCGAAUUGGCAAGAACCCCGGCAGCGCGCACAAGCGAGUUUAAGACACUCACUCUCGAGUAUGGUGCACCCAUCAAGGUCCGCUGGCAAGCACCACUCAACCACAGCAAGAAGGAUUGGAUUGGUCUGUACAUGGUGACCGAUAACCAAUCUCGGAAAGGGACUGGCAUCAGCUCCAAUGGACGAUGGGUAGCAACUAACCAAGGCGUCUAUGACUCCACUCGAGCCGAAGAAGGUAUACUGGUUUCUGACAAACUUCUACCCGCCAGCGGCGACAAUGAUGAGGAGUCCGACUGCUACACUGGUGAGGUCGAGUUCCACGGAGACAAGCUGUGGUGGACUACAGGUGUGUUCGAAUUCCGAUACCACCAUGGUGGCAAACAUCAUGUCAUGGCGCUCUCCCAAGCCUUCGAGAUCCGCAUUCCAAGGUUCGACGAAGAGGAUGUGGAAGUAGACGCCAAUGGCACUAUUCAUCGCGCUGUUGAACAAACGCUGCUUCCUAUUAUCCAAAAUUGCUUUGAUCGCGACCCUGAGAUUGCGCCCUCGUCGUCCGAGGAAUCAUUUGGAAGCCUAGUGGAAAGAGACGGCAAGUUCUCUAAGCGAGUGAUCUUCGCUGUACAUCAGAUGUUCGGUAUCGAAUUCGCCCCUGAAGUCGUACAGGCAGACGGGAAUGUGCGUAACUUGGCAUGGCGUAUCUGCAAUGCAAAGAAGGUCUUGGCUCCUUAUAGUAUGUCUGCUAGCCGUGGCAGGAAUACACCUACGAUGGGGUAAUGCUACUCAGACGGCUUCCUCUACGUCGAUCGGUACGAAUCUCCGCAGAUUAUUCCUUCGCUUGCACAGUGGGCGCUUUGUUUUCCGAUCGAUACGAGUGCAUUGCCCUAAUGCGGAAGGUUUCUGGAAGAGUGGCUCCGCUAGGCACAAGGCCUUGAACAUUGUGAUCAAGCCAUACAGAUAGCCACUUGCAUGUUCGAUCUUCCCCAGGCUUAGUGGCUUGCCUUGUUUGGUCCCCUCAAGCCUGUAUCAGCUAAGAAUUACUCGAGAACUGUAGGGUGACGUUUAAUAGACUACUUGGUGCUCUUUGAUUCAUACCCUUCAUAUCGCAUUUGCAUCUACAUCACAGGUUAGAGGGCAGUAUUCUCUUCCAGGCAAGAUUGUGUGGGUACAUUGCUCGUAGAUAAAUACGUAGAAUAGGUGCAUAGGAAAUACAGGCUUGUGCAGUGGACGUGCG